AUGGCUGCCAAGGAUCAACCUUCCACUAUUACUCAAAUUUACAACUCCCCAGCUUUCACUGCCGCUGUUCAAGUUGGUCUUUUUGUUGCUGGUGUUGCUUUCAUCCAAUCUCCUUUGAUGGACUUCUUGGUCCCUCAAUUGUAA